CUCACAAUGAUCUCUUCAGACAAAGAGCUUCAAGCUUCCACAAAGACCACUGAAGCAGGGAGGGAACUGAACUCGGACGCCGCGCUUUGAGGGAGACGCUUCAGAGGGUAUCUGCUCAGCCUCCAGUCUGAACGUCUUCUUCGGAGUCACCAUGGUGCUGCUUCGGUAACCUCCACCUGCUUGGUUUUCAUCCUCCUGCUCAGACCUUUUUUCCUAUUUUUUUUUUUUUCUUUUUCUCCAACCACACAAACAAACUCCUGCAAUGGAUCACCUGUGUCCAGGUGAAGGCGUGAGCUGGACACAGGCCCUCGUCGGCAAACUGUAGCGCUCUGGAUUUUAUCAAACGCCGUCCCCGUGAUCUUGCCCUGGAGUUAUUCUUCAUUUGGACCAGGAAUGGACGUACCAGAGUCGAGCAAGCAUGGCAAGAAGUCCACAUGUCAAAAACUUGAAGACCAGAAAAAGAUAUACACAGACUGGGCCAACCACUACUUGGCCAAGUCCGGCUGUCCACGCCUCAUCAAAGACCUGAGCCAGGACGUCACCGAUGGAGUCUUGCUGGCGCAGAUCAUCCAAAUCAUAGCGAACGAGAAGGUGGAGGACAUCAAUGGUAGCCCCAGGAGCCAGUCGCAAAUGAUCGAGAAUGUGGAUGCCUGUCUCAGUUUCUUGGACGCCAGAGGAGUGAAUGUCCAAGGGCUCUCAGCAGAAGAGAUCAGGAAUGGCAACCUGAAGAGCAUCCUUGGCCUCUUCUUCAUCCUGUCACGCUACAAGCAGCAGCAGCAGCAGCAGCAGCAGUACUACCAGUCCCUGGUGGAGCUCAGCCAGCAGACCAGCAGCACUGCACCGUCCACCAGCAGCCUCAAAACACAAGAGAUGCAGUCCAGUCUCACAGCACGAUAUGCAAGUCCUCCAGGCCACAGUGGAAUAGGGUCACCUCAGAAGAAAAACACAAGGUUACCAGGGCCGUCCAGAGUCCCUGCUGCAGGCAGCGGGGCGUCCAGAAGCCCAGGCUCAUCCAACCUCAACCGCCGGAGCCAGAGCUUCAACAGCAUCGACAAGAGCAAGCCUCUUCAGUAUGCAAGCGGUAACGAUAGAGAGUUGGUGAGGGGCAUCCCAGUACCCAGUGGGAUGAAUGGAAGUGGUAUUGGUGGGAUGGUUCCCACCAGCCUCAGUGGGCAGCAGCUGGCCUCUGCCAUCCCCUCACCCACAGCUGGGAAGACCUGGCGCAGCAAGUCCAUGAACCUCAAGCACAGCGCCACUUCCUCCAUGCUGGCAAGCCCCACACAUUCACCUUCCACCACCCCUUCACCGCAGGCCCUGGAAGGUCUUCAGACUCACGGAAGUGAGGCGUCCAAAGUCGGGUCGGGAGCCGUGCCACCGCAGAGAUCAAUGCUCGAGAAGUUUCGACUUAUUAACCCUCGUUCAGCCUCGAGAACGUCACCAUCCAUGGCGGAAAUGACUCUCCAGGAGGAAGACGACCUAUCAGAGUACGGGGACGAUGGGCAGACCCCGACGGGGUCAGUGUGCAGCAGCGGCAGUAGCAGCGCUACCGCCAAACAGAUCUCAACAAAGACGUCAGCAUCAUCCCUUUCUGCACCUAGCAAAACCUCGUCUUCAUCGUCAUCAAAAACGUCUGCCAGUGGCAGCAGGUCCUUGGCCCCAAGCAAAGACAAAGAGGACAAAAACAAGUCAGGGAAGUCUUCAAAGGACAGCUCUCCUCCAAAAGAGGAGAGUGCGGCCGACUCCACAAAGAAGAACUCCAAGAUAGCGAGCCUCAUCCCCAAGGGAGGAAAGUCAUCAUCAGGGAAGAAAGAUGGCGGCUCCUCCUCAGCUUCCAGCGGCAUCCCGAAACCAGGACUCAAAGCUCCAUCCACGACGUCAGCCAAACCUCAGAGCCAGUCCCAAAACCAGAACCAGAACCAAGCUGCCUUAAACAGCAGUGGCAACAUGCGGACAGGUGAAGGAGAGCGAGCUAAGCUGACCAAAGGAGGGCAAGGCGGGAGUUUUUAUAUCCAGCGCUCCGCCGGCGGUCCAGAGGGCAAGCGGACCAGCAUGACCUCGUCUACCAGUACCUCGGCUCUGUCCGGGUCCAGUGGGAUGCUUGUAGGAGGAGGCGGGGCGCUCGGAGGCAACGGAGUGGUUCAGCUUCCACAGCAGCAGCAACAUAACCACCCCAACACUGCCACGGUGGCGCCCUUCAUGUACAGGACGUUCUCUGAAAACGACUGCACCAUGGUGGCCCCAGCCGACCCCUGCCUCAGCCCCACCAAGGGAGAGCUGGUCUACAGCAAAACAGCCAAGCAGUGCCUGGAGGAGAUAUCAGCAGGAGAGGACCCCGAGGCGAGGCGCAUGAGGACGGUGAAGAACAUCGCUGACCUGCGGCAGAACCUGGAAGAGACCAUGUCCAGCCUGCGGGGGACACAGAUCAGCCACAGUACGUUAGAAACAACCUUCGACGCCACAGUGACGACCGAGGUGAACGGGCGGAGUCUCCCCGCCCUCGCUGCUCGCUCCUCCCCCAUGGCCUGGCGUCUUGGCCAGUCUCAAACCCCACGUCUCCAGGCAGGCGAAGCCCCCUCCAUGCCCAGCGGAUAUCCUGCGCCCAGGUCCAGCACAGCGGGCGCCGCCCCCAGCACGGGCCGAUACAGCGGCCACUCAGACCCCUCCAGAUACCUAACCGACAGUGGGCUCCACCUGUACGGACGGACGGCAGGCCGAUCCUCGGAUGUGGCUUCUCCUCGGGAGAUUGCCCAGAGAGGGAGCAAAGAGAUGCAGGGCGACAUUGACAGUUGGGACGACAGCAGCUCGGUGAGCAGCGGCCUCAGCGACACCUUGGACAACUUCAGCACCGACGACCUGAACACGCCAGCGUACUCCGCCACAAGCUCAUCACGCAAAAGCAAGGGAGCGCAGUCCCAGAAAGGAAGCAGGUCCAAGCAUGCCGAGCCGGAGGUGAGCAGCAGUUGGGUUGGAGCCGAAGACCUGAAAAAAGUAGAGGAGGAGCUGGACGCGAGCAUGGACCCCAACGGCAGCCCCUCCCGGUGGAAGCCUUCCCCGUCUGCCUGUUCCCCCCAAUCCCAGGGUCAGUAUGAGGACACGGGUCAGAAGGCAGCCGGGCUAGCCCAGAUGUCCCAGACGGGCUCGUGGAGGAGGGGCAUGACGGCCCAGGUGGGGAUUACCCCACCCAGGUCCAAGGGGACCUCCGCUUCACUCAAAACACCAGGUAAAACGGAUGAUGCCAAGGCCUCAGAAAAGGGCAAAGUACCCUCCAAAAGCUCUGCUGGGAUACAGCGCUCACCGUCAGAUGCUGGGAGAAGUAGCGGGGAUGAAGGCAAGAAGCCUCCCUCUGGAAUUGCUCGCCCCCCUGCCACCAGUUCCUUUGGAUACAAGAAGAUCCCUGGCCCUGCCGGCACGCUAAUUACCUCAAGUGGUGCAGCCCUCACCAGUGGCUCAGCCACACUGGGCAAGGCCCCCAAAUCGUCGGCUGCCCUCGGUAAAGGCACGAGCAUCGGCGGCGUCCGUAAAACCAGCCUGGACGGCUCGCAGCCCCAGGACGACGGCAUUCUCCUCAGCUGCAGUGGCUCCAAGGUCACCCUGCAGUACCGCUCCCUCCCUAGACCCGCCAAAUCCUCCAGCGGGGCGGGGGCGGCAGCGGCGGCAGUGGCCGGGCGCUGCGGACACCGCUCCAGCUCCAGCAGCAUCGAAUCAAACGUCAGCAGCAAGUCGGCGAUCGGGGCAGCAACACAAGCGGGUGCCAAACGGAGGGAGGGAAAGGUGGUCUCAGACCGCUCCAGUCCCAUCACUGUCAACCAGACGGAUAAAGAGAAAGUCGGGGUGUCGGACCAGGACCCGGCAGCAGGGCUGUCCACCUCUCCCAAAUCCAGCCCCACCUCCAGCUCAGCGGGCCAGUCAGGCCUCAGGCAGCCAGGGUCCAAAUACCCAGACAUCGCUUCGCCUACCUUCCGCAGAUUGUUUGGCACCAAAGCCAGCAGCAAGGCCAGCUCUCCGGGCACGCCCGACUCUGGCAAGUGCCCGUCAAUACUGGGCAGCCCCCACGGCACGCUGGCCAGGCAGGCCAGCCUGGACUCGCCUUCUUCUGGCACGGGGAGCCUGGGCAGCGCCGGUGGCCUGAGCGGCGGCAGCAGCCCGCUGUACGGUAAAACCCCCGACCUGUGUACCGACUCGCUGGCCUCCAGCCCAGCCUCUGGCCUCUCCCUGCCCUCCAACGCUCGCCCCUGGCCUGCCUGUAGCUCGUCAGCCGGCAGCAAGGACACGCUGAGCUGCCAGAGUAUGACCAGUCUGCACACCAGCUCCGAGUCCAUUGACAUGCCGCUGGGCCAUCACGGGCCUAAGGUUACGCGAACCGGCAGUAUCAAGUCCACCCUGUCUGAGGGCAUGCCCCUUGACAGAAACACGCUCCCCAAAAAGGGACUGAGGUACCCGCCGUCGUCUCGGCAGACGUCCCACGAAGAAGGAAAGGAGUGGUUGAGGUCACAUUCGACCGGGGGCCUGCAGGACACGGGCAGCCAGUCCCCGCUUUCUCCUCCCGGAGCGGCUUGCAUCAACACUGGAAAAUAUCACUACUCCAACCUCUUAAGCCCAACCAACAUCAACCAGUACAACCUGCCGCCAGGCAACAGCGGCAGCAUGAGCCGCUCCAACAGCAUCCCCGCUCAGGACUCGUUUGACCUGUACGGAGAGGGCCACCCACUAGGGGGCAGUGCGACCUCCCUGGAGGACCGACCCCGGGCCAUCAGUCGCUCCGGUUCCUUCAGAGACAGCACUGAUGAAGUCCACGGCUCGUCCUUGUCUCUGGUCUCCAGCACAUCCUCACUUUACUCUGCGACUGAGGAAAAAGCCCACUCUGAGGGCCAAACAGUCCAAAAUUCCACGCAAAUCAGAAAGCUGCGGCGGGAGCUGGAUGCUUCUCAGGAGAAGGUGGCAACCCUCACGUCUCAGCUGGCUGCCAACGCUCACCUGGUGGCCGCCUUCGAGAAGAGCCUCAGCAACAUGACCUGCCGCCUGCAGAGCCUCACCAUGACCGCCGAACAAAAAGAGUCCGAGUUGGCCGAGUUGAGAGAAACCAUAGAGAUGCUGAAGACCCAGAACACUGACGCUCAAACGGCAAUCCAGGUGGCGCUCAACGGCCCGGACCACCUACACAAAGACCUUCGGAUUAGGCGGCAGCACUCGUCGGAAAGCAUGUCCAGCAUCAACAGCGCUGCCAGUCACGCCAGCAUGGGCAGCUUGGGCAAGGACGCCGAGGAUAAAAAGAAGAAGAAGAAGAGCUGGGUGGCUGAUUCCAUCCCAGCUCAGCUGCGCAGCUCUUUCAAGCAGGCAUUCAGCAAGAAGAAAAGCAAGUCGCAGUCGGCCCACGACGAGAUGGAGGAGAUGACCGACUCUGUGCCCUCCUCGCCCAAGCUGCAGCACGACAACAGGCAGGGCAGCAUUGCCACGCUGCGCUCCUCCCCCUCCACCACAGAGCUGUGCGAAUGCACGGAGGUCGAGGCCGAGAUCAUCCUGCAGCUGAAGAACGAACUCCGGGAGAAGGAGCUGAAGCUGACCGACAUCCGGCUGGAGGCUCUCAGCUCGGCGCACCACCUGGACCAGAUCCGGGAGGCCAUGAACCGCAUGCAGAACGAGAUCGAGACCCUGAAAGCGGAGAACGAUCGGCUCAAGUCGAGCGGGAACGCCACGCCCACGGCGACGCCCGUCAAGACGGCGCGCCCGCCCUCCGAGGCCUCCAGCACGUCCUCGUCCUCCUCGCGGCAGUCGCUGGGGCUGUCGCUCAAUAACCUCAACAUCACUGACACCAUCAUGUCAGAUAUUCUCCUGGAUGACAGCUACGAGGGAAAUCUCCGUAAGGAAAGUCGGAGUGUGCGGAUAGUUGUCACAAUCAGCAGCGGGCCAAAAGGCACCAAGGUUCCACACAGCCACGAGUACCUGAUUGGGUCUAUAGGUGUUAGCGGGAAGACCAAGUGGGACGUCCUGGACGGGGUCAUCCGGCGGCUCUUUAAAGAGUAUGUGUUCCGGGUGGAUCCUGGGACCAGCCUGGGUCUUAGCUCUGACAGCAUUGUGGGAUACAGGAUGGGGGAAGUGAUCCGCUGCCAUGCCUCCGAAGUGCCUGAGCUGUUGCCCUGUGGCUACCUGGUGGGCGACAACAACAUAAUCAAGGUUCACCUCAAAGGUGUGAAGGAGAACAGCAUAGACAGCCUGGUGUUCGACACACUCAUUCCAAAGCCCAUAAUCCAGCGGUACCUCAACCUGUUGAUGGAGCAUCGGCGGAUCAUCCUCUCGGGGCCCAGCGGCACAGGGAAGUCCUUCCUGGCCGCCAAGCUGGCCGAGUACAUCAUCAGUCAGAUGGGGCAGGAGGUGACGGAGCACAACGUGGCCAGUUUUAAUGUGGACCAGAAUUCCAGCAAGGACCUGCGUCAGUACCUGUCCAGCCUGGCAGAGCGCUGUAACUCUGAGAGGACAGACGCAGAGCUCCCCCAUGUGGUCAUCCUGGACAACCUGCACCACAUCGGCUCGCUCAGCGACAUAUUCAACGGCUUCCUCAACUGCAAGUACCACAAAUGCCCGUAUGUCAUCGGGACCAUGAGCCAGGGAGUCUCCUCCUCUCCCAACCUGGAGCUCCACCACAACUUUAGAUGGGUGCUGUGCACCAACCACACGGAGCCGGUCAAAGGCUUCCUGGGUCGCUUCCUGCGCCGGAAGCUCGUCGAGACAGAGAUCGAUAAGAACAUGCGCAGCAAUGACCUGAUCAAGAUCAUCGACUGGAUCCCCAAGACCUGGCAGCAUCUCAACGGCUUCCUGGAGGCGCACAGCUCCUCCGACGUCACCAUAGGGCCUCGUCUCUUCUUGUCCUGUCCCAUGGAAGUAGAAGGUUCCCGGGUUUGGUUCACAGACCUGUGGAACUAUUCCCUGGUCCCCUACCUGCUGGAGGCUGUCAGGGAAGGACUACAGCUGUACGGUAAGCGAGCCGUGUGGGAGGAUCCGUCCAAGUGGGUGAAUGACACGUAUCCGUGGAAUGCCGCCUCGCUGCAGCAAGAGGGCCAGUCGCUGCUCCAGCUGAGGCCGGAAGACGUGGGAUACGACGGCUACAGCUCGUCCAAGGAGGGGACGUCGUCCAAGCAGGUGUCUCAGAGCGACACCGAGGGAGACCCGCUGAUGAACAUGCUGCUACGGCUGCAGGAAGCAGCUAACUACUCCAGCACCCAGAGCUGCGACAGCGACAGCACCAGUCACCAUGACGACCAGCUGGACUCCUCCUUGGAGUCGGCCCUAUGAGUCCCAAAACCAACUCACUUUAAACCUCUAAAAUGGUGGAAAAACCUUGGAACCCCAAAGAACACAUCCCCCUCCCAACACGAUAUGGAAUUAUCCAUCAUUAUCCGGUCCUGCUGCAGCGGGGGAGCAACCUGGUCAGGCUGCUGGUCCACCACAGGACCCGCACUACAGAUAUAUAAUAUAUGAAAAGUUUUAAUACUCAAAAUAUACCCUCAAAUUGAAAGAAAAUGCCUAUAUUUUAAUGGUGCAAUAUGAAAUCCGAAUGUUUUAUGCUGUCAGAGGCUUUACCAACUUGGUCCUUAGUGGUCAAAAUGUCAAACCGAACCACAGGUUGGAGACUGUCUACAUCACGUCCAACAAACCGUAUUGUCCUGUUCAUUCUUGUGACAUUUUUAUAAAAAUGUCCGCGUGAUUGUGAUGAGAAACAUCCUUACCUCUGGUGGUUUUUUCCAAAAGUGUUCUCAACAAUAAGACACUUUUCCUCCGGUUUACUUUCAGACGUCGGUUUCCAGAGCGUCCCAGAACAACAAAACUGGAUGAUAUUUUUUUUAUUGUUUUUUUUUUUUUUGUUUUUGUUUUUGUUUUUUUUUACCCAGUUAUAUCUACAGAUGUUUACAUUAGUAUGGCUGGCUCUGUUAUGUCUUUCCUUGUUUACAGAGGUGCUUCUUACAGACACACACAUAUAUGUACACACAUAGGCAGCAGGGAGGAAAUCCCCUCAGACAAGAACCUUUUAUCGGUUCAAGUCCCUUCUUUGAACAUCAUCAAGAAUGCCAGAGUGUCCUUGAGCAAGGCGCUCUGUCUCUACUGUUUUCAUGGAUGUCAGCUUUAACAGCGGGGCGUGAAAAGCAGAGCAGGUGUAGUUUUUAAUGUCUUCUCAUGGCCAAGUCUGACGCUUUGCACAAAAACUGGUGGAAAAUGUUGGCAGGUUUGGCUAACGUUGUGGCUGAUGUAGGACAACUUUGAGCCCUUGCAGUUCAACUAGGAUCAGAAGUUGUCUCCAUUAGUUAUUAUAUAUAUUAUUAAAGACCCAGAGCCGACCCAGGCAGAAUUUGUUUUUUUAUUAGGCUCAUAAGCCACUACAGUGGGACUAAUGCUGCGUCUAUAUUGUCAUCCUGUGAUCAUGUUUGGUUACCUUACAGAAGAUUUGUUUAUACAGAGUUAAACUAGCAGUCUAACUAGAGAUUAGUUGGUUAAUUGGGACCUCUAGGCAGCUUACCAUUCAUAUCUUGCCAUCUGUAGUUCUAAAACUGCAUUUUCUUAAUAAAAGUGGUAGGUGGCCCUCCAUUAGUUUUCCACAUUGUGACUCCAAACAGCCAAUUUUUUUAGUUUUUUUUUUUUUUAAAGCCAGGGAAAGUUGUAUUUGCCUCCUUUUGUCCAGCUGGGGGCAGUAGCAGGAUUGCAUUAUUUAAUGUUCCAUGGGGUGAGAUAAAACUUUGGUUCAAACUUUAAACCACGACUGGGACAUUCUGGCAGUUUUGAGACCAAAGCCUUUUAAAACCGUGGCACCAGUAACCAGCACCAUGCCUCGUGAUGAGCAGUUAAUACUUUACGUGUGGUGCGAAACACUUUUGGAGCUUUUACUUUGGAUAAACUGGUUAGGUUUUUCACGAGGCUAAAGUAAGCGGCUAUCCAGACCUGGGUCAGGUGCAAAGCCAACCUCUCCCAUCUAAAAUCUUAAAAAAUUUUUAGCUGUUUUUUGAGAAAUCAGUUUUUUGAACCACUAAAAACGCUCUGUAUUUAUACCUAGCACAUUUUGAACCUGUUGUGCUACAUUUGAGGAGCUCCUGGGGCCUCCAAGCCAGCGGCGGACCCUAAGCAGCCCCUUUUCCCACGUAUGCCUUGGGUCAGCUCUGAGCAAAUUGGCGGACAUUUGCUUAAGCCUCGUGGUGCUGGGCCCCCUGGCCUGAACCUUAUCAGGGUCAGCCACUGCCAAGCUGUUCCAAAUGCCAACACCAAGCACAAUGAAAGUGUGAGAUCUGUGUGUCGCCCAGUCGUCCUGUUACUGUGAAGGCAACAUGGAAAAGUGCCAAUGAUUCCCUUUGAUCCGACUGCCAAAUGUUCACACCGUACAGACUUGCAAUCAAACAGCAAAAGCCCACCAUGGUUGUAGAAGUUCUCCACGGUGGGAAGUAAUCCAAAUACCGAAUAGUCCAAACCCAGAUACCCCAAAGUUUCUCCUGUUCAAUACCCUGCAUCCAUCUUUGUCCUCAAGGUAUCCAAAAACCAGUCGAAGCCGCUGUCUUUUACUGUUCGAGUGGAUCAGCCGAGAGCCGUAAAAGGGAACAAUAAUGUUGGUGCUUUCUAACUGCCUUAAACGUUCCUUCGCUUUCUCUGGCUGUUGGUGGAAGCGGGGCGCGUUUCACUGUAGGAUGAUGCUAACCUGCUUCCGUCUGCAUCAAAGAUGACGCAUCUGGUAUGAGAUGUAGGCAUUACUGCUUGCGGCCCCGUCUUCUUCUUCUGAAGCAUCCUUGCUUCUGUCUGACAGUAAGAAGUUAAGAAACAUAACGCUGUAUUUCAGUU